AUGGUGAAGAAAAAAGUAGACGCACGUGUGCGGACGCUGUUGGAAAACUGCAUUCAAGAAAAUUCUCGCUCUUUUGUGGUGCUAGUGGGUGACCAUGGCAAGGACCAGGUCAUGAAUCUACACUAUAUUGUGUCCAAGGCGGCAGUCAAGGCACGCCCACGAGUGCUAUGGUGCUAUAAAAAGGAGCUGGGAUUUUCCACGCACCGCCAGAAGCGUAUGCGCCAGAUUAAGAAACAACAGCAGCGUGGUCUGUACGAUCUAAACAAGGAUGAUCCGUUCGAGCUUUUCAUUGCAUCGACCGAUAUUCGCUGGUGUUACUACAAGGAGACACACAAGGUGCUCGGUAGCACCUACGGUAUGUGCGUACUGCAGGACUUUGAGGCUAUCACGCCUAAUAUCAUGGCACGGACCAUUGAAACUGUUGAGGGCGGUGGCAUCGUCGUGCUGCUGCUACGCACCAUGGACAGCCUCAAACAGCUCUACACCAUGAGCAUGGACGUCCACGAUCGCUUCCGCACUGAGUCGCACCAAAAUGUAGUGUCACGUUUCAACGAACGCUUUAUUCUCUCCCUUGCCUCUUGUGAACGAUGCGUCGUGCUCGACGACGAACUUAAUGUACUACCGAUUUCCAAACAUACACGCAAAAUUGAGCCGCUUCCACCUCGUGGCGCAGCAACAGAACUCACCAAGGACGAUUUGGAGCUACAAGAGCUCAAAGCAUCACUGCGCGAGACUCAGCCUGUUGGCGCGCUCGUGGAACAGGCACGCACGUUGGACCAGGCAAAGGCCAUUCUUACCUUCGUGGAGGCUGUUUCAGAGAAGACGCUGCGCUCUACUGUAGCGCUGACAGCUGGACGUGGACGUGGUAAGUCAGCAGCUCUGGGAAUGGCGUUGGCGGGAGCUGUAGCUUACGGAUACAGUAACAUCUUUGUGACGGCCCCAACUCCCGAGAAUCUCAAAACUGUUUUCGAGUUUGUGUUUAAGGGCUUUGAUGCGCUCAAGUACAAGGAGCACCUUGACUACGAGAUUAUUCAGAGCACGAACCGGGAAUUUAAUCACGCCGUAGUUCGUGUGAACAUCUUCCGCGAGCAUCGGCAGACCGUUCAGUAUAUUCAGCCCACGCACCAUGAGAAGCUUGCUCAGGCAGAGCUUUUGGCUAUUGAUGAGGCUGCUGCUAUUCCACUCCCGGUUGUCAAGAAGCUGCUGGGGCCUUACCUCGUUUUCAUGUCGUCUACAAUCAACGGUUACGAAGGUACUGGCCGCUCGCUGUCACUAAAACUGCUGCAGAAACUGCGUGAGCAGCAGGGUAGCGCCGGCGAAGCCGCAGUGCGUGCUGCCGCGAAUGUUCAUGGCGACCAAAAGCGCCGAAAGGGUGAACAAAAACUGCAUGAGGAGCGCUGGCAGGCGGCAAGCAAUGCUGCUCGCGUUGCUGUAGCUGGAAGCUCUUCAUUUUCGGCUCGUGUCCUCCGUGAGGUUUUGCUACAGACACCUAUUCGCUAUGCUCCUAAUGAUCCGGUUGAACGCUGGCUGAACGAUCUGUUAUGUCUUGAUGUGACGAAUGCGUCGCAUCGCCUCGUGGCAGGGACGCCACACCCGCGUGACUGUGAGCUGUAUUACGUGAAUCGCGAUUCUCUGUUCUCGUAUCACAAGCUUUCGGAAAAUUUCUUGCAGCGUAUUAUGGCAUUGUAUGUGUCGUCGCAUUACAAGAAUCAGCCAAAUGACCUGCAGCUUCUGUCUGAUGCACCAGCACACCACGUCUUUGCUCUGCUUGGUCCUGGUGCUGAGGCUCAGGGCAAUGCUGGUCAGCUGCCUGAUGUUCUCUGUGUUGUACAGGUCGCUCUGGAGGGCAAGAUUUCAAAGGCAUCUGUAAAAGCCCAGCUGGCUCGUGGGCAGCGCGCAUCGGGAGACUUAAUUCCUUGGACGGUCGCACAGCAGUUUCAAGACUCGGAGUUUGCAGCUCUUUCGGGUGCGCGUGUGGUGCGCAUUGCCACCCACCCAGACGUGAUUGGCAUGGGUUACGGCUCUCGUGCUGUCGAGUUGCUGUCGAAGUACUAUCAAGGUGAGAUAACGACGGACGUGGCUGUUGGGGAACCGGAAGCGAUGGUGAAAGAAGACAAAUUGGUAGAAGACGUCGAGGACGAUGCGACAGAAAGGAAACCAAAGCUUCGCAAGGAGAAAAUCAAGCCGCGCAAGAAACUUCCACCUCUGCUGCUUCCGCUAGAUGAGCGUCCAUGUGAGCGCCUGCACUGGUUUGGUACGUCGUUUGGUCUGACGCUACCGCUGCACAACUUCUGGUCUCGCGCAAAGUUCCGGUCAGUUUACAUUCGGCAGACAGCAAACGAACUCACCGGCGAGCACACGGCUAUCUUGUUGCGCUCGCUGCGUUGCGACGAUCUCCCUGCGGCUCCCGCAGACGGUUGGCUUGAUGAAUUUGCAGCCGACUCACGUCGCCGACUUACUUCGUUGCUUAGUUACGACUUCGCAAAGUUUCCGUGUGCGCUUGCACUUGGUCUGCUGAGCGAUGAGGCUGCUGAGUCAACCUGCGUUUCAUACGAGAAGGAGAAGCAUAUUUUGCUUCACCGCAGUAUUAACAGUGAGAUCACCCCAACGGAGCUCGCGCUGGUCCUAACGCCGUACGAUGCCAAACGCCUCAAGUCGUACGCCAAGAACAUGGUGGAUUACCACAUGAUUGUAGAUCUAGUGCCGUCGCUGGCGCGUCUGUAUUUUCUACAACGUUUUCCACAGAUGUCUCUAUCGUAUCUGCAGCGGGCGAUCUUGGUGAGCCUCGGACUGCAGCACCAGUCAGUAGAUAUUAUUCAGCAAGAGCUGAAUGUGCCGUCCAACCAGCUUCUUGCGCUUUUUAACAAGGCUGUGCGAAAAUUCCUCGGUCAAAUUGAGCAAAUUAUGGAAAAGCAGCUGGAGCAGGAAAGUGCGAAUAGCGAAAGGCUGGCGCAGGUGGCCUUGCAGUCACAAGCCAUGGCACCGACAAGGACGACGUUAGCUGAGGAAUUACGUGAAGGCGUUCAAGAAGAGAAGGCGAAGCAGCAGAAGAAGCUUUUAGACAGCCUCAAUCUCAUGAAGUACGCAGUACGUGGCGACGAUGCCGAUUGGGACGCAGCGCUUGCUCAGUCCGAGAACGGCGGUGCCAUUGUACAGGUGAAGAGCUCGAAUCAGACGAAUUGUAAGAAAGAGCCGAAAGACACGACUGGCUUGAAAAAGCACAAACGCUCAGUCGACGGGGUGAGCAAUCGCAGACGGAGCAAAAAAAGUAAGUAG